AUGCUCAAUAAUCGCGUAACAGUACAGAUUGGAACAUACAAUGCAAAUCUCCAAGGACAUGAAGGUCUUCCUCAAAACCUAGUAGACUGGCUCGUACCGUCACUCAAAGUGUCGAGCUUUCUCGCCAACAUGCGCACCGCGCCGGAUAUUGUCGCCAUUGGUUUCCAAGAGCUCUUGCCUCUACAAUUUGGGUUCACCGGCCUCUCUCAGGCGGUGAUGCGCUCCCGCGAUGAGCUCAUACGUUCUCAACUAGAGCACCAUGCGCCGAACAAAGAACGGUACUCUCUCGUUGCUAAAUCGGUCAACGUUGGAAUUGCGUUGCUAGUCUAUGCACGCGACGAUACUGUGGCCAAGCAUGUCACCGAGGUCCAGACGCAAUGGACAGGAUGUGGUCCCGGAUGGAUGGGGAAUAAAGGAGCAGUAGGGAUACGCUUCAAAGUCUCCUCUGCGCUCUAUGGUGGUGGAGACGGUCCCGGCGAGGUGUACACCUUUGUCAAUGCACAUUUGACGGCUCACUUGACCCAUCUUCAACAACGCAUCGCGGACUAUCAGCAUAUUGUCCAAACCCUCUUAUUCUCGGACCCCUCAGAAACCUCCAAGCACGCCAAUAUGUACCAAACUACGCACCUCUUCUUUUUCGGCGACUUGAAUUUCCGGAUAGAACCGCCGGUUUCCAUCGCAAGAGAAAGAUUAGAGGCGAUGGUUCGCACUGAAGAGGGCCGUGAUGAGCUACGUCAGUUUGACCAAUUGAGCCUCGUCCGGAACCAGGCCAAAGCUCUUGUUGGUCUCCGUGAGGGUGAUUUCUGGAAGUUUCAAUGCACAUACAAGUACAAGCAUGGCCAAAUCGAUCAAUACCAUCCGAAGCGAACACCCUCAUGGACAGACCGAAUACUCUUCACUACAGUCAGUGAUGAUGCCAACAACCUAUCGACUUCCCAGAUCACUCCGCUGGUCUACUCGGCUGUUCCGUCCUAUGUAGCAUCUGAUCACAAACCCGUCGUUGCACUCCUUCAACUUCCAGCUCCAAGCACCACCACCACUGCAAGUUUAGCGCCAUUUUUACCGACACCUGUGCAAUACGUCAACGAUCCUGGGUGGAUCUGGAAACGCUACAUCGGCAAAUUGCUUGGCUGGAUUGUUGGGUGGACUUGGUGUCUCUUCUGGUUUGUUGGAGCUGGAAACGCAGUCGUUGGCGUUGCUGGAUCGUUGCUCGGUAGCCUUGGCGUCGUAUGGUGGAACAAACCCAACGCCUAA